GCCGAAAUGCGUAUAUAAGCCACACGGACAGUCGGAAUCAGCACACUCAACGGUCCACCAGCCAGCAGCACCAACAUCAUGGCAUUCAAGUUCGUCGUCCUCGCCGCCCUGGUGGCCGUGGCCCAGGCCGGUCUCCUCCCUGCCGCCCCCCUGGCCUACUCAUCCCCCGUCCUGGCCAAGACCGUCGUCGACACCGACUUCGACCCCAACCCCAGCUACAGCUACGCCUACGACAUCCAGGAUGGUCUGACCGGCGACUCCAAGAACCAGCACGAGUCCCGCCAGGGUGAUGUCGUCCAGGGCCAGUACUCCCUGAACGAUGCUGACGGCACCCGCCGCAUCGUCGACUACACCGCCGACCCCGUCAACGGCUUCAACGCCGUGGUCCGCAAGGAGCCCCUCGCCGUCGCCGCCCCCGUCGUCGCCAAGGCCAUCGCCCCCGCUCCCCUGGCCUACUCUGCCCCCCUGAGCUACGCCGCCCCCAUCGCCAAGACCAUCGCCCCCGCUCCCCUGGCUUACUCUGCCCCUCUGAGCUACGCCGCCCCCAUCGCCAAGACCAUCGCCCCCGCCCCCCUGGCCUACUCUGCCCCCCUGAGCUACGCCGCCCCCAUCGCUAAGGCCUACGCCCCCGCUCCUCUGGCCUACUCCGCCCCCAUCGCCCACGCCGCCCCCAUCGGCUUCGCCGCCCACACCACCUUCUCCACCCCCUACGCCGCGUACGCGUACUAGAGUGGAUGAAAAAGACUGACUUGAGCCGUUGAGCUUGUAAAUGUACAAAUAAAAAAGAAAAAACAACUAA